AUGGUAACCAUUGCUGAAGCCUUAUCCUGUUUGACUCUUUCUCUUUCAAACAAUCACAACACCCACCAAGCUUCCACCUCUAGUGGCCUACCUUCUCAACCUCAACCAAAUCCCAAGGAAAGCAUUAAUGCUAUUAUCCAAAGGAGUGGUACCAAAUUAGAUGAAGUUGGUCUUAAGCCUACAAGUGUGAGCAAGGAAACCCAUAAUAAAGAAAUAAAAGAGGAAAUAGAGGUAGAAAGAGGUGAGAAGGAGGAUAUUACAAGAGAAGAGGAAGAUAUAUUGAAGGUCAAGGAGCCCAAAAGGAAAAAUUCCCUUGAGGAGCCCACACUAAUUCCUUUUUCGUCGGUAGCUAAAAAAGCUAAGAAGCAUGAAGACUUUGACCCCAAUGUGGUGGAAAUCUUCAAGGAUGUGAAAGUUACCGUCCCUCUUUUUCAAGCUAUCCAACAAGUUGCAAAGUACGCUAAAUUUUUAAAGGAUGUUUGCACUCACAAGGAGAAAAUUGGUGAGCUAGGUAAGAAUCCGGUAAAUGACUCUAUCUCUUCUCUUGUUUCGGUGAAGUGUAGUGAUCCUGGUCCUUGCCUAGUAACUUGUGUGAUUGGUGGGAUGAAGUUCAUGGAUUGCAUGUGUGAUUUGGAAGCUUGUGUGAGCAUCAUGUCCCUCCCUAUCUAUGAAAAGUUGAACUUGUCAGCAAUGAAGCGGUCCAGAUCAAGAUUUGUGUUGGCGGACAAAAGUAUUGUGUCGGUUGUGGGAAUUACGGAGAAUGUCUUGGUAAAUAUUCAAGAGUUGCUAUUUUUGGUAGAUUUUCACAUUUUGAAGACCCUUCUGAUUGAUUCGGACAAGCCAUCUUCUAUCCUCCUUGGGAGGCCAUUUUUGAAGACAUCCCGGUUCAAGUUAGAUGCAUUUUUAGGGUCUUAUUCAUUUGAAGCCUAA